CUUGGUUUAAUAGCAAAUAUACAUUUCUCACUUUCCCUUUACGCAUUUCCACCAUUGAUCUUUCUUCCGAAUUAAGUCCGAUACACUUUCUCUCUCUACUCCUGACCUCUGAUCCGAGUCAACUCGCUCAUUCCAUCUCGGCGAACUCACAUAUUCGAGGAGGAAAGAUGAGUCAGGUGUAUGAAGGGUACGAAAGGCAGUACUGUGAGCUGUCGGCAAAUUUGUCGAGAAAAUGCAAUUCCGCUGCUGCUCUUCCGGAUGGAGAGAUAAAGAAACAAGAGAUAUCUGAAUUACAGGCUGGAUUAGAUGAUGCUGAUGUUUUGAUUCGGAAAAUGGACCUUGAGGCUAGAAGUUUGCAGCCGAGUGUGAAAGCCACUUUGCUUGCUAAGCUACGGGAAUACAAAUCUGAUCUGAAUAAGCUGAAAAGAGAAGUGAAGAAACUGACUGUGCCCAGUUCCAAUCAGCCAGCUCAUGAAGAUUUGUUAGAAUCUGGAACGGCUGGCGCACACCAAGCCUCGGGGAAUCAGAGGGAUAGAUUGAUGGUGUCAACUGAGAGGCUGAAUGAAUCGACUGAUAGAUUACGGGAGACUCGGAGGGCAGCUCUGGAAACAGAAGAGCUUGGGCUGUCUGAUGUGGACAGCGCCAUUGAUAAAAGUAAAAAGGUGCUAACAUCGAUGAGUAGAAGGAUGAGCAGGAACAAGUGGAUCGUGGGCUCUGUAAUUGCUGCACUCGUAUUGGCAAUCAUUGUGAUCCUUUACUUUAAAAUUUUUCACUGAUUUGACACCAGUUUCCUGUUUUGGUGUGCGUUUAUCUCACUGUGAAUCUUGUGAUUGUGGUGUCUUGUUUGUGUUGUUUGAGAUGAAAUGUUGUACAGCAUCAUUGGUUGCUGAAAGCCAAAUAUGAUAUUGACUUAAAUUGUUAAUGCAGUAAUACUAAUUAGGGGUGAGCAUGAGUCUGGUACUGUUCGGAGGUUGAAAAAUCUCUCGAACCGUACCAAAAUUUGGAGAUCACUAAAUUCGAUCUCCGGAACCGUAAAAAAAUCGGGACGGUUCAGUUCGGAGAUUUUUAUUUUUCGGUACUAUUCGGUUCGGUUUUCGGACUAUCGAAACGAUUUGGUGCGGUAUGUUUUGGUUUUGAUUUUUGGAAAUUUUUUAUUUUUUUUUUAAUGACUACCUAAUUAUAUUUUAAUUUUU